CCAGUAAAAUGAACGGGGAUUUGGCAAUGGGCUACAUCUCUCCUCUGAGCGGCGUUUCCACACAAAGAUUGCGUUAGAGAAGAAGCUUCCUUUGGGCGGUUGUGACCUGCAGCUGCUCCGCGAAGUCAAGUCUCCUGUAGGGAGAAAUACCAUCUGUCAGCGGUGACAACAAUCGGAGUGGUCUGCAGCUAAACUAGACUAAGGGCAUGCUGAACAUACAACAUGCUGGCUUAUUUGACUUGAACAGCUUGAGGAAGAGUUAAAAGGUGGCUGUGCUUCAGUGAGAGCUUGAACCCACAGCUGGCGAAGACAUGGGGAACACUGCGACCAAGUUCCGUAAGGCUCUCAUCAACGGGGACGAGCUGCUAGCCUGCCAGCUCUAUGAGAGCAACCCACAGUUCAAAGAGGCUCUGGAUCCCAACGCCACAUACGGAGAGUCCUACCAGCACAACACUCCACUGCACUACGCUGCCCGGCACGCCAUGAUGCGCCUACUCAGGUCGUUUCUCAUAAACAAAGAUGGCAAUCCUAACAAGCGCAACGUGCACAAUGAGACAUCUCUGCACCUUCUCUGCAUGGGGCCUCAGAUCCUGACCUCAGAGGGAGCACUGCAGCCACGGAUCUCGCGGCCCUAUGAGGAUGAACAGCGUCGGACGGAAUGCCUCCACAUCAUCUUGUCCUGGACCGGGGCAAAGCUGGACCAUGGAGAGUAUGAAAGCGCUGAAAUCAAUGCCACUGACAACAAGAAAAACACCUGCCUGCACUAUGCAGCCGCCUCAGGCAUGAGGACCUCAGUUGAGUUACUGCUGCAGAGAGGAGCAGACCUGUUUGUGGAGAACGAAAACCGCGAGACUCCAUGUGACUGUGCCGAGAAGCAGCACCACAAGGAUUUGGCCCUGAGCCUGGAGUCGCAGAUGGUCUUCUCUCUGGCCCCUGAGGCGGAGGGUAUAGAAGCAGAGUAUGCAGCUCUCGAUCGAAGGGAGUUGUAUGAGGGCCUGCGGCCUCAGGACCUGCGGAGGCUGAAGGACAUGCUGAUAGUGGAGACGGCGGACAUGCUGCAAGCCCCUCUCUUCACUGCAGAAGCUUUGCUACGUGCCCAUGAUUGGGACCGAGAGAAGCUUCUGGAAGCCUGGAUGAGCAACGCCGAGGAAUGCUGCCAACGUUCAGGGGUGCAGAUGCCCAACCCACCCCCUAGUGGCUACAACGCUUGGGACACACUGCCGUCACCCCGGACACCUCGCACCACCCGCUCCUCCAUCACUUCCCCAGACCAAAUUAGCCUCUUAGCGGGAGAUGACGAUUCCUCUCUGUGUGGUAUCUGCAUGUCUUCCGUCUCCUUCUUUGAGGAACCUGUUGACAUGUCCUGUGGCCAUGAUUUCUGCAGAGCAUGCUGGGAAGGGUUUCUCAAUCUAAAGAUCCAAGAGGGCGAAGCGCACAACAUUUUCUGUCCAGCCUAUGAUUGUUACCAGCUGGUGCCAGUAGAAGUCAUCGAAAGCGUGGUCUCCAGAGAGAUGGACAGGCGAUACCUGCAGUUUGACAUAAAGGCAUUUGUGGAAAACAAUCCAGCAAUACACUGGUGUCCUGUUGCAGGAUGUGAGAGAGCAGUACGACUAAACGCUCAGGGCCCUGGAACCUCCAAUGCAGACCCUCUAAGCUUUCCCCUACUUCGGGCCCCGGCAGUAGACUGCGGCAAGGGCCACCUCUUCUGCUGGGAGUGUCGAGGAGAGGCACAUGAACCCUGCGACUGUGACACAUGGAAGCUGUGGCUUCAGAAGGUCACUGAAAUGAAACCUGAAGAAUUGGCUGGCGUAAGUGAAGCUUAUGAGGAUGCAGCGAAUUGCUUGUGGUUGCUCUCCAAUUCUAAACCCUGCCCCACCUGCAAGUCUCCAAUACAGAAAAACGAGGGCUGCAAUCACAUGCAGUGUGCUAAGUGUAAGUACGACUUCUGCUGGAUCUGCCUGGAGGAGUGGAAAAAGCACAGUUCGUCAACCGGUGGCUACUACCGCUGCACCCGUUACGAAGUCAUCCAGCAGGUGGUGGAACAGUCGAAGGAAAUGACAGAAGAGGCAGAGAAGAAGCACAAGAGCUUUCAGGAACUUGAUCGUUUUAUGCACUACUACACACGCUUCAAGAACCAUGAGCACAGCUAUCAGCUCGAGCAGCGCUUGUUAAAAACAGCCAAAGAGAAGAUGGAGCAGCUCAGUCGAGCCCUCAGUGGAAGGGAAGGAGGCCCCCCUGAUACUACGUUCAUUGAAGAUGCGGUCCUAGAGCUGCUGAAGACCCGCCGCAUCCUAAAGUGCUCUUAUCCUUAUGGGUUCUUUCUAGAGCCCAAAAGCACAAAGAAGGAGAUCUAUGAGCUUAUGCAGACCGACUUGGAAAUGGUGACUGAGGACUUGGCUCAGAAGGUCAACAGGCCCUACCUGCGAACUCCUCGCCACAAAAUCAUUCGUGCUGCAUGUCUUGUACAGCAGAAGAGACAAGAGUUUCUGGCCUCGGUGGCAAGAGGAGUGGCCCCAAAUGACUCUCCUGAAGCUCCCAGACGCAGUUUUGCAGGUGGAACAUGGGACUGGGAAUAUUUAGGCUUUGCAUCACCUGAGGAAUAUGCAGAGUUCCAGUACAGAAGGAGACAUCGGCAGCGAAGACGAGGGGACAUGUCCAGUGUCCGAAGUAACACACCUGAUCCUGAUGAUCUCAGCGACUCCACUUUAGAAGCCCAGGAUGUUGGUGGUGGCCGCAGACAAGGUCAUUUGAUGGGUCUCGACUCCCUGGAUGAGGAUGACCCAAACAUUUUACUGGCCAUUCAGCUCUCUCUCCAAGACUCGAGGAUGACAGAGAUUGGCUCCAAUCACGAUGCCCUCGCCAACGAAGCCUCGCUCGGUGCGAUCGGUACUUCCUUGCCUUCCAGACUUGAGCAGUCCGCUCUGGGCGUCGACGUCCUCCCCAGAGCUUCUCUCAGCAGCUCAGAACUGCUGGAGCGAGCCGAUAACUUGGCCAGGCUGGGCAACAUCAGUGGCCAGUACUCUCCCGGCCCCGGCGGCCCCCCCUCCAUGCAGCACUGUGACAUCCGUCUCCGGGCGCAGAAACCAGCCACUCUGUUGGGCAGCAACUCCUCCACCGGCCUUUUCUCUUCCUCCACAGACUCGACCACGUGCGGCAGCAACGAACCGUCGUCGUCGUCUGCCUUGACAACGAAUGCUAAUCUGCUUGGAAACAUUAUGGCUUGGUUUCACGACAUGAAUCCGCAGGGCAUAACCCUGGUCCCACCGACCGACCCCAACGUGGCUCCGCCUCCUGAAGGCAGAGAAGGAUGCUCACAAGACAACGAGAAAGGCGGCUUCAUCGUCUUCCCCGAUGACAGGAAACCUCAGGAGGCGAUGGCAGAUGCGGGGUUUUGCACGCAGAGGUCAAGCAACACGGAGGAGAAGGAGAGCGCCGUCGCCGAGAGGCCCACUCAGUUGGAUCUGGUGGGGUUGGACACCAUGCAGCUACCUUACACGGCGGCGCCUGACAGAAGUGGAGAGCAUGGCGAGUGUGCGAGCUCAAAGGGCUUCCAUGUUGACAGUCCACGGUCUGAUUAUGCCUCUGACCAGCUGCCCAGCACCAGCUCUUCUGAGUGGGAGGACCACAUGCACUUGGUUUGAGUCGCCUGGCUGGGAUGACGAGGAGGUUCACUGAAGUCCAAAAACCACUACAGAUCGGAAAGCAGCUUUGCUGGAGCUGCUGGUAUAGAAUGUACUGCGAAUAAAGAAUUUGUCAGCUAUACAUUGCUAGGGAGCGUGUAAAGAAGCAUUUACAGUUUAAAUUCAGUGCAGGAACUGUAGGCCAGCAGUGAAAUAAGACCACUGAUUAUUAUUAUUAUUAUUAUUUUUUUAGUAUCGUGAGUACACACUGCAUUGAACGCACUAAGAUGAUCUGAAACAAAUUAGAAAUUCUAUCUUGAUGAAAAUGAAAUCUGUUGCUGUUAUAUUCAUACAUCAACAUUUUCUAUAGGAUGCAGAUCGAGAGAUGGUUCUCAUUGCCGUCCAAAUUUGCUUUCUUCAUAGGUGCCAAACACUGACUUAUAAAAGCACAGUUUGCAGUCACCAAGUGGAUUUUUUAAAAGCAAAUUGUGCCUGAUUACCACAAACUCACAAACUUUAAAUGUGAACAUCCUGAGCCAUAUUUUUGUUUGAGCUUGUGGUUCAGUUUUCUUUUCAAAUCCCGCUCACUAAAAGCUUUCGUGUGCUGUGUGAAACUGAAUAGUUUUACACUGCGGUGGUAGUGGAUAUUAUGAGAAACUUCCAAGAAGAGAAAAAAAAAGGUUAUUUGUUCAACUGAAAAAGCAGGUGGCCUACUCAAAAAUAUUUCAGAAUGGUCUUGACAAUGGUUAUUCAUCUCCGAGGAUCAGCCUGAAUAGGAAGCGUCCUCGGAGCUUAAAAAAUGAGAAACGCUGACAGAUCCAGAGGAGGGAGGGGGCGAAGUGGAGCGCUCUGUUUCAUUCAGCUCCCACGUUCUGAAGAGAAUGCUUUGAAUUUGGUUGUAGUUCGUGUAAAAAUAAUGCUUAAGCUGAAUGUUUAAUGUGAAAGACGAGAGGUCCGGUUCGUAUGCCCCAGGGAAGGUCAGCCAAUGAGAAAACAAGGCAAUCACUUCCAGUCUUAUUUUCAUUAAUUAUUACUGCUCAAGUUGUGCUUAGGUGGAUUAAUCUCUGCAGGGUAGUGCAUAAAGAAAUUCCCAACUUUCUGAAUGGGGAAUCCAUAUCUAUGAAGCACUUCUCUGUGAAGCUGAAAUUACAGUGCCUUUAUGUCAGUCUUCAUGAUUCGGUUCUUUUUCCACCUUCUUCUGAGUGCUAUUCACACAGACACAAAAACACCUGUUACCUUAAAGAAGUGUCUCUCUCGUGACAUUUGGCAGGAAAACACAAACUCCAGUCUUUUUCUUUUUUUUUUUUUUUAUUAAAUCCAGAUCUUUGUAGCAUGAUGCUUUUUGUUUGUUCACACAAUACACUGAUGGACGAAACGGAUUGUUAAAUAGUUUGAUAAAAUAUGUAACUGUUAAAAUAUUGUGAGUAUUCUGUGCCCUAUGUUUAUUUGAUUAAAAAAAGGCAAAUUAUUUGUAUCAUUGAAGUACGUUCACAGGCUGUAUGUGUAUCAUGUAUCUGAGGAAAGUUGCAAUAUAACGUAGAUAUUUCUGCUUUUAUUAAUGACUUGUGAAUAACGACAUGAAAAACAAUCAUGUUUGACUUUAAAGAACUCAUUUUGUUUAUGUACAGACUCAUGUCUGAUUCAAGUAAAUUAGCUUUUAUAAAAGUUGACACAUAGAGGAACACUAAAUCUAGCAGCAGUUUUUUUUUUUUUGCUUUCAUACAAGGCUCAAGUAUUUAAACUAUCAGUGCCAUACGGAUGAUGGAGAUAUGAUGGAUUCAAGGGUCCUAAACCACAGGAGACAUGUUUGUUGGUCAAAUAGUAUGCUGGGUUUGUAAUGGUUGCAAUUCAAGAAGAAGGUUCUACUUUACUUAUAUUUCACCUCUGAUCUCUAGGUGACUUAUUUUAAGAAAUGACGACUUUUUGUAACUCAUUAAGAUUUUCUAUUGUAAAGCAACUAAUUCUUAAAAUGCUGUUUGCACUUUCAUAGUCUAUACUUGAUACAUUUCCUCUUUAUAUGAAAACUGUUUGGUGUGUGAUGCCAAUAAACUGUGUUAAGUUUUA